AUGGACUGGAGUAUAUUCAGCGACGUACGAUUCUUCGUUAUACAAUGCGAUGAAAAGCAUCUGAUCGAUAAAUUGAAGAGUUCAGGAGCAGUGCAACAUCCCCUACUAUCCGAGAGCGUCCGCUUUGCAAUUAGCAACGAUCCCUCCCCAACCGAAGUUGGGGAAGCCGAAGAACUGUAUGCAGUGCCCGUUGUAACGACCAGUUGGGUCAACCUCUCUGCUGAGGCGGGACAAUUCUUACCAUACAAGCCGUUCCAUCCUGAUUUCAAGCGUUUGUUUUCGCAUCUCACUUUUACUCUUUGUGAGCUCUCCUUGAAGGAUCGUUUCUCUCUUUGGUCUGUUUUGACCAUUCAUGGAGCCAAAGUUCAGCACUUUUUGGAUGGGAACGUCACUCAUGUAAUCUGUGGACGAGCUUCUGGAAAAUUUUACAAUAUUUGCAAAGGCGAAUCAAAUGACAUUCAUCCAGCGCUUGUUUCUCCUGACUGGGUCGUGGAUUCCUUGGCCAAAAAGGAGCUUUUACAUUGUGAUUCUUAUCAUCCUGACCUCCUCAAACGUCCUCCUUCCCCUCGGAAACCUGUACCGAAGCCGCAGGUCAGUUUACCCUCGGUUUCCGAUUCCACACUACAUCCAACCGGAAAAGGACCCCAAGAAUCCCACCCGGCAGUGUUAAUGCCUACUCCACUCACGCAGGCAGCAAGAUCUGUACAUCCAACUCCGGGUAUCCAGCCACAGAUGGCUCUUAAACAGACAGGUGUUCAUGCACCUCCAAACACAGGGGCAUCCAUAGCGCUAUCUGCUCCUGGGACCAACUUAAGAGCAGCGACAGGCAUCAGUGUGCAGGAUAUCUGCAUGAAAUCCGCUGAAAAUCGUCCACCGUAUGGUUCCGUGCAUCCAGAAAAACCCGCUCGUGGAGCGCACAGUCGUUCUGGAACCGGCCGUGGUGGCGGAGUUCGAAGAGGUGCUGCGCAUGACCAACAACGAAUUCAGCAGCAGCUGAGCAAAUCCACUACUUUGGGCCAACCUCGCUGCGUUGCGGCCCAGGGAAGCGUUCAGUGUUUUCCAACCGCGUAUCCUUUUGCUCCUUCGACUCAGCGUUUUGUUGCCACAGUGCACGGAAUUCUGGAUCCUAACGCGAACACGGUGGGAAUGCUCUCUGUCCCCGGGACUAAUUUGCUCAGUGGACUUGACAGUAUCAGCCCUAUGCCAAAUCAGUCGUCUCACGGCACCCUGUUGGUCGGUGGUCUACAUGGGCAACAUCAAGGGGUGCAUAGCAGCAGCAUUGUGGCUAGUGGCCCCCCGACCACUUCCGGCGGCGGCGGCGGUGGCGGCCAUCACGGUAAGACCUCCAAGAGCAAGUCAAGUAAACAUUCACAGGAGCAAAACUUGAACGAGGAGGAGAAAGAUGCGAUCGUCAUUCAAUACGUGAAGAAUAUUUUGAAUUCACAGAACAAGUCUAUUAGGGACAACUCCCAAGGCAAGAGUUCCGCUUCGUCAUCAUCAUCCGAACUCGGCUCUGGUGGUGUUCCAUCCGCAUUAGGUUCCUCUAUUCCAGCUCACGGGGCCAAUAUUCACACAGGAAUGGGACAAGGUGCUCAAGUUUGCAUAAUGGGUGGCUCUAAUAUGACUGCAAUUCCAGCUCCUAGCACUCCCCGCAAACCUAAAUCACCGAGGUCUCCCGGCCGAGCUGCGCUUUCUGGUGGGGCUAAAUCCUCUCCAAAAUCCCCCAAGGGAGGGAAGGCCACCGCAAUGAACAAGCUGUUGUCGUCGCCACAGCAGCAACAGCAACAUCAACAGGGUUCAUCCAUCAUGAUGGCUGGUGGCCCUGGAUCCGUAUCGGUUCCUUCUGUUUUCUUUGCCGGCAACCUCCCACACUUUGCUGGUCGUCAACCGAAUAACAAUGUCCCAUCACUGUCUAUCCAACAACUGCAGCGCCCUGCCUCUGUCCAACACUUCAUCACCGCAGGGAGCCUGCCAAAUCAACAGCAACAUUUGGUCUCUGCUGCACCCGCAUACAUCGUGCAACGGCAUCCUGCAGGGCAACUUUUGGCCAGCGUCUCGCGGCAAGUUCCUCAACAGCCCCAGGUGCACACGCAGGUGGCCAUCGGUCAAAAUUGCGCCGCGGCUGCCUGUGCGUCUCAAAUUCCGCAGCCCAUACCUCAGCGUCAGUUUGCCCAGGUACAGUCCCCUCAGACUACCUUAUAUGUGCGCACUGCUCAACCAUCUUAUCAAUCCGAGUCUGGUGAAUUGAUCACGGACAGCACUACCUCGGGAACCGACCUUAGCACAGAAAUAGCCUCGGUCCUAGUCACAACAAAUCCGGGUGCUCAGCUAGGUCGGGCGCAGCAGCAGCAAAACUCGGCCUAUCAGCACGCACAAACUCAGAGUCAGGUUCAACAGCAGCACACAGCACAACAAGUCCUGUUGCAGUCAUCUCCUAGCUCAGCGCAACUGAUUCAGUUGAGGGCCUCGCAUAUUCCCCACCCGGCUGCCCAGCAACAACAUUCACAGUUGGCAGCAGUCGGUGGUGGCGGGUCAAGCUGCAACUUGACUCAAGUUAGUGGUAUCGGGCUUGCGGGUCGAGUGCAGCAACAGCAGCAGCACUCUCAGCAAGUAUCCAACCUUGUUUCUGCCCAUCCAGUUGCUGUGCACUCAGCAACAAACGCUCAGUACAAUGCAUCGAAACCCGGAUCCCACGCUCAGUUGCAUGCUGCAGAUCGUGCAUCUCCCAUCAUAUCUCGAUCACCGCAGACCCCGCAGCCCUACUUGACGCACAGCCAGCAGCAGUCUUCACAUAAUCAUUCACAACAGUAUAUCACAUCGCAACAGCCCAAAAUGCAUCUCACCGUCCCUGCCGGUCAGCAAUAUCACUCUGUCCAAGGAUAUUUGCAAGCUCAGUCGCAGCCACAACAGAUCAUCUUCCAGUCACCGACCGGACAGAAGUUGAUUGCUCAUCAUCACCAACCGGCCACGGCAGCGGCACCUCGCGUAACUGUCGCACAGCCGUCCCUCUCUCCUGGCGGAGUGCUACUACGUUCAGUUGGGCCGCAUUCCGUUGGCACAGGUACUGCUGCCACCGUGUGUAGCAUACAUCCCAUGCAGUCACACAUGAUGAGUUUUUCGGCAAACGGGCCAUCAAACCCUCCUACGCAGUUAGUAAAUGGGAGCACUGCAGUUCGUGGAAAUGUUCUAUACCAAACGAAUCAUGCCUCUGCACUGGGGCCGGGUGUUAUGCAGCAGAUGUCUCAUGCAGCCGGGCAACACACGCAGCCGUAUGGUCAUGUUGGGAAACAAAACCAACUACCAAUGCAGCCAUCUUCGUUACGUCCAACUCCGUCCAGCCCAGGGGGCAACACUCUAUGUACGAAUCCAAACCUUUCAUCGUAUCACCCUGGUCCUGCAGCUGGUCCCAACAGCUUGACACCUAACCACAUUUCACCACAAAGCCGUGGAUCUGCCGUUCGUCCGGGCUACCCUACUGGACAACACACCGGGAAACCCAUUCACAGCCGUGUAACACACGUCGGGGGAACCACACCACCGCAACAAACCCCAACGCGCCAUGGUCAUUGUCACCCGAUCGCUGCUCCCGCCCCUCCGGCUCCCAUCCCUCCCAUUGUGCCCCUUCCGCCGACUUACUACGGUCACGAAGGAACUCCCAAACCAACUCGUCCAGAGGAGUGUCUCAUCGGAUGUGUGUUCCUCCUACUUGGUUACCGUGCCGCAGGUGAAUCUAAGCGAGCACUAUGGCGGCGUAUCAUACGCUCUUACGGCGCCGAAGUUGUACUGGCGUAUGAUCCCACUCGCGUAACCCAUCUGAUAAUCGACUGUCAGCUGGAGGAACCAAACAUUGUCACACAGGCUCUCCGUGACCGCGUUCGCAUUGUCACCAUAUUCUGGGUGAAUGAUGUGCUCGCCAAGGGACGUAUGCUGCCACCGUAUGAAAUACAGCACUUGCCAUCGCCUUUCUCACCAGAUAUCACAUUCUCUUUCAUUAAAUCCCAAAUUGUAUCUCUGACCGGUUUCGAUGGUAAAGAUCGCUUGAAGGUGGAGUUUCUGAUCCGUCAACUGGGUGCUACUUACACAGACUACUUGGAGCCACUAAACACACUGCUUGUUUGCAAACGCCCUGAGGGUAAGAAGUAUGAAAUGGCUCAACAGUGGUCCAUACCGUGCGUCAACGUUCGUUGGCUUCAGGAUAUCUACUUUGGUGAUCUGAUGUCUUUGGCCCUCGAUCUAUCUCACAAGUAUCUCUCCUUUGAGCCAUCUGACGUCACCACCGCUUUGGACCGCUGCACACCACGAGUGCAAGAUCUGAUGAUUGGUUGGCAAGUUCCCAUCAGACUGAACCAUGACGCAUGGACGCGUCUAAACAAGUUAUCCAAAGACUUUGCCAUUGAGGAACGCGAGCGGAAGCGGAAACUGGAGAUGGAAGCCGCGAACCACCCGAAACCGAAGCGACUGAAAUCUUCUCUAUCUCCUCUAAGUGACAAUGAUGUCAAGCUAGUAGCACAUUGCCGUACUCGUUUGGAGAUGCUUACUAAUGAACUCAAGGAGCAAAGUAUGCUGAGAGCCACCUUGAAGGAGCGUCUGGAACACAUGACCUUCACUGAGGACUUUUGCCCUGCACAGAAUCUAGAGGUGUUGAGUCUUGUCACGGGUGGGUCUCUACCAUUGCGCGCCCAGGAUGAGGAAGAAACUCGGCAGUCGUGCUCUGCAGUGCUCUCGGACUCAUCUCAAGAACCAAUGGAUCCGCAAGCCUCACUGAAAACAGAAUACUCCGCUCCGGCACCCCAUCACUCUUCACAAGAUACAACGUUUGCCAUCCCACCUGAGACCGCUGUUAUAUUUAAGGAGGCGGAUGAGCUCUCUCUAUGCAUUCCUCUGGAGACGUAUACCGAUCAGAAUGCGAUGCUCAAAACCGAAUUAUUGCGAUCACCUACUCCAACGGUAGCUCAUUCGUCCUCACAUAUCCCCACCAGCAUUGCAUCUGAACAGGUCGUUUCACCUGACCGCACGAAGGAGCAUAUCCUUUCCACUUCUGACUUGACUUGUACUCAUCUUUCUAUCAAACCGGAAGAAUGUCACGAACCUACUGAGUCAGAGGACUUCGCAUUCACAAGAAGCAUCUAUCCAGCUGUCCCACAUUCACCUUCAUCUCCAGAACACAUCCAUCCAAGCCGACCUGAGUCAAUGCCUAGUUUGGCUCGUCUCACGGAACCCAUUAAACGCAAACGAUUCGCCAGCGGCGAUAUUGACCAUCUGGACGUGAAAAGGCGUACAACGCAUGAUACCGCUGCUCAACGAAGUGACCUCGAGGCCUCCUUGCGUCACUCAGCUGACCGCUUCGAGAGCAUCACAGUGGCUCCCGUUCACCAGCCAGAAUCUGCUCCAGACGUUGAGUUGGUCUUGGAAUCUCCGCAUCUCGAGCGUACGGUUAACUCUGGUUCCACGAAGCAAUCACAACUCUCAAAACAAGUCAUCAACACCAGCGUACGUAUAACUUUUACAGCGAUUGACUAUGAAUCUCGCUUAUCGCUUAUGGAAUUGUGUAUGCAAUUACCAGAUUGUGAACUGGUUGAAUCCGCUGCGGAUGCCACCCAUUUGGUUUGCAAUCGUCUGUUGCGCACACCGAAAACUUACAUGGCAAUUGCAAUGGGGCUGUAUCUGGUCACACCGAAGUGGAUUCAAGCGUCUGUCGUUAGAGGAGUGUGGCUUGACGAGACACCUUGGCUCCUGAGCGAUCCUGAAGCCGAGAUGCAGCUUGGCGUUCAGCUGUCCGAAUCAAUGCUUCGCUCCCGUCGUCGACGUAUGCUCGGUCCUCAAGCCGGUUUGUUUGCCGGGUUAGAGUUCUGGUUAUCACCGGGGGCCUGUCACCGGGAAGUCUGCAUCAUGUUGAUCAAGGCAUGCGGUGGCACUUUACGUCACAAACGACCAACACAGAAAAUGGCUCUGUUGCCUCGUCCAAGGCAGUUGAUCAUAUGCCACGAGGAUGACAGUCAUGUGGCCAAUUAUCUGAUGCGAAUCAAGACGGGGAACAAGGCUGUGCAUCACGAAGAAUUUGUUCUCAGCGGGGUACUUCGUCAGGAGCUCGAUUAUGAGUCCUAUCAGAUUCAGUAUGUCAACACCUUGCAGACGAAUUUAAGAGCCGCUGUUGCUGCCGCUGAAGCAUCUCUCGCUAACAGCUGCUCGUUUCCCAUGAGCUGCGUGGUGACUACUUCCGUUCCGGUGAAAUCUGAGCGUUCUCUCUCACGCGGAUCCGUAAACUCGACUACCAGACUCGCCUCGGUCGAGUCCAGGAUAGCAUCCGAAGCUGGACUCCCGUCGGAUUCUGCGAGUGUUCACUAUCAACCUUCUCGGUGCAGUCGCCCUCUCGCAGGUCAAUCAAAACCGAAGGUUAACUCAUAUAGUGUGUCACAUCCACACACAAUGUUGGUUGAGUCGCCUGCCAGAUCAGUAGUAAACAAGUCGCCUUCCAACCGUCCGCUUGCUACUUCCGGCCUUCACCAUCUUUUGAAUGAUUCUCUCGAUGACGUUCCUAUGCACCCCAGCUUCUAUUCCUUACCAUGUCAACCACAAACGUCACGCGAACUAAUGCCUAUGCGAGAGCGGGAUAACUCCGACGCUAACCUUCACAACGCCAUGAAACGGCUUACCGAUGCCUCAGAUUUGACGCAUCUUAUGUCUACUGUUCCUUCAUCCGCGUAUGGCAUGAGUGCUGCAGCUGCUGUACCGGUCUCCUCCAUCACUCCUUAUCGUGUGCCUGCAAAUUCGGUCAGUCCGAUUUCUUACGAACUUCCUGGGUCAGUGAGUAGUGUCUCUUUGGAAUCGCAGCGUGAUAUUGUAGCUCCUCGAUUGAAGUCAUCCUCGGUUGUCACAACUGGAGUAGCUUCGUCGCAUCAGAAUGUUCAUUUUACACAACCACACCGGCAGGUGACGGCUCUCACAGCCAUGAUUGUGGCGGCGGAAUCUGGAUCCUCGGAUCUCUCCGUAUCAGUUACCCCUACAAGCUCCGACGUCUCGUCAUUCGUUCUUCCGAAAUCCGGCGGCUUUCGUGGGCAAACCACAUCUACUCUCAGCGGGAGCUCAGCCUUGAAUGCCCGCAGCGCCGCCGCAGAUGCUCAUGCCGUAGCCACCGCAACGGCUGCAGCCGCAAACGCUUUGAUACAUAGUGAGCGAAAAGUCGGCGUGGGUAUUGCGGAACUCGGAGCUCCACCUCGUGGCACCCGCAGCCCGCGUACUUCUCAUGCUACUGGGUUGUUUGCUACUGAUUUUGGGGACGUCAAGCAUCAACGUGCGGCUUCUGUGCCACCCACUUCUCCCGUGCUCACAGGUUUUACUAGCGUAUCUUCUUUAGAUGGCGUGAAAAAUCUAAUUACUAAUCAGUUGAACUUUCAACUUCCGGGUCUUACUUCGGCAAUACCGAACUACAUAAACCCAUCUCUUCCGACACUGUCUACCGAAUGCUCAACAACUGCUUCAUUUUCUUUACCCAUUGAAGGGGGACCCAUGAGCCAUCACACCUCGAUCCCCAAUCUAAGUGUCGAUGAUCUACUGUUGAAUGAACAACCCCAUUUCACUCACGAAACUGCGAUUUCAUGUGGUGUCUCUGUUGAUCAUUCACAGUCGUUCUUUGGAAGUUCGUUGACUGCAGAGUCCAAUUUCAACCCACCCCUUCUGGCAGGGAACACGGAUCCCCAUUCAUAUCAGGGACCAUCUCCCUUAUCUCAAUCGUCAGUUGUUUUCACUUCUUAUCAAAUCCGCGCCACUCCACCUGUGUGUGAGUUCUCAAGCAGUGUGGCGAAUCAUGUGUCAAACGCUUCCUCUGCUGAAUCAUCGCAAACGGGAAAUAAUUAG